UAGUGGAGCGCUUUCCUGUCUGUGUUGAACGGGUGUGCAGACGGCGGUGCUGCUGCCCCACACCGCCCCCUGUGAGUGCUCGGUCCUGUCGGAGCCAUGGCCUUCGUCGCCACCCCCAGCCCCACCGUGGUGGACCAGACCACGCUGAUGAAGAAGUACCUGCAGUUCGUGGCGGCCCUGACAGACAGCAACACGCCUGAUGAGACCAAGCUGAAGAUGAUGCAGGAAGUGAGCGAAAAUUUUGAGAAUGUGACUUCGUCGCCGCAAUAUUCCACGUUCCUAGAGCACAUCAUCCCUCGCUUCCUCACGUUUCUGCAGGAUGGGGAGGUGCAGUUCCUGCAGGAGAAGCCAGCACAGCAACUGAGGAAGCUGGUCUUGGAAAUAAUCCAUCGCAUUCCCACCAAUGAGCACCUGAGACCCCACACCAAGAAUAUCCUGUCCGUCAUGUUCCGCUUCCUAGAGAUCGAGAGUGAGGAGAACGUGCUGAUCUGCCUGCGAAUUAUUAUCGAGCUGCACAAACAGUUUCGGCCUCCCAUCACUCAAGAGAUUCAUCACUUCUUGGACUUUGUGAAGCAGAUCUAUAAGGAGCUGCCCAAGGUGGUGAACCGCUACUUCGAAAACCCGCAGGCCAUCGCGGAGAACACGGUGCCCUCGCCUGAAAUGGUGGGCAUGAUCACGUCCGUGGUGGUGAAGACCGCGCCGGAGAGAGAGGACAGCGAGACGCGGACUCACACUAUCAUCCCUCGCGGCUCGCUGUCCCUGAAGGUGCUGGCAGAGCUGCCCAUCAUUGUGGUGCUGAUGUACCAGCUUUACAAGCUGAACAUUCACAAUGUGGUGGCGGAGUUUGUGCCUCUCAUCAUGAACACGAUCAUGCUCCAAGUCUCUCCUCAGGCCAGGCAGCACAAGCUGUACAACAAGGAGCUGUAUGCUGACUUCAUCGCGGCUCAGAUUAAAACCCUGUCUUUUCUGGCCUACAUUAUCCGCAUAUAUCAGGACCUGGUGGCGAAGUACUCCCAGCAGAUGGUGAAGGGGAUGCUGCAGCUGCUCUCCAACUGCCCCUCGGAGACGGCCCACCUGCGCAAGGAGCUGCUGAUCGCGGCCAAGCACAUCCUGACCACCGACCUGCGCAGCCAAUUCAUUCCAUGCAUGGAUAAGCUAUUUGACGAGUCCAUACUAAUCGGCUCUGGAUACACCGCUCGGGAGACUCUGAGGCCCCUGGCCUACAGCACCUUGGCGGACCUGGUCCACCAUGUCCGGCAGAACCUGCCCUUGAACGACCUCUCGCUGGCCGUGCAGCUGUUCGCCAAGAACAUCGACGACGAGUCGCUGCCCAGCAGCAUCCAGACCAUGUCCUGCAAGCUGCUGCUCAACCUGGUGGACUGUAUCCGCUCCAAGAGCGAGCAGGAGAACGGCAACGGGCGGGACGUCCUGAUGAGGAUGCUGGAGGUGUUUGUGCUGAAGUUCCACACCAUCGCGCGGUACCAGCUGGUCACCAUCUUCAAGAAGUGCAAGCCGCAGUCGGAGAUGGGCGUGGUGGACUCCGGGGCCUUGCCUGGCGUGCCGGCCACCCCCACUGCUCCCACCCCCGUGCCCACUCCUGUGCCCCCCACCCCGGUCAUCCCUGCGCCCCCUGCCGCCGCCUUGGACCGGCAGGGAGACAAAGACAAGGAGGACAAACAGACCUUCCAGGUGUCGGACUGCCGCAGCCUGGUGAAGACGCUGGUCUGCGGGGUGAAGACCAUCACCUGGGGCAUCACCUCCUGCAAAGCGCCCGGAGAGGCUCAGUUCAUCCCCAACAAGCAGCUGCAGCCCAAGGAGACUCAGAUCUACAUCAAACUGGUCAAGUAUGCGAUGCAGGCCCUGGACAUCUAUCAGGUGCAGAUCGCUGGGAACGGGCAGACGUACAUCCGCGUGGCCAACUGCCAGACGGUGCGGAUGAAGGAGGAGAAGGAGGUGCUGGAGCACUUCGCCGGGGUCUUCACCAUGAUGAACCCUCUCACCUUCAAGGAGAUCUUCCAGACCACGGUGCCCUACAUGGUGGAGAGGAUCUCCAAGAACUAUGCCCUGCAGAUUGUGGCCAACUCCUUCCUCGCCAACUUGUCCACCUCGGCACUCUUCGCCACCAUCCUGGUGGAGUACCUGCUGGAGCGCCUGCCAGAGAUGGGCUCCAAUGUGGAGCUGUCCAACCUCUACCUCAAGCUCUUCAAGCUGGUCUUCGGUUCCGUCUCGCUCUUCGCGGCCGAGAACGAGCAGAUGCUCAAGCCCCACCUGCACAAGAUCGUCAACAGCUCCAUGGAGCUGGCGCAGUCGGCCAAGGAGCCCUACAACUACUUCCUGCUUCUGCGCGCCCUCUUCCGCUCCAUUGGGGGGGGCAGCCACGACCUGUUGUACCAGGAGUUCCUGCCCUUGCUGCCCAACCUGCUGCAGGGGUUGAACAUGCUCCAGAGCGGCCUGCACAAGCAGCACAUGAAGGACCUGUUUGUGGAGCUGUGCCUGACGGUGCCCGUGCGCCUCAGCUCCCUGCUGCCCUACCUGCCCAUGCUGAUGGACCCGCUGGUGUCGGCGCUGAACGGCUCGCAGACGCUGGUGAGCCAGGGCCUGCGCACGCUGGAGCUCUGCGUGGACAACUUGCAGCCCGACUUCCUGUACGACCACAUCCAGCCUGUCCGCGCUGAGCUCAUGCAGGCUUUGUGGCGCACGCUGAGGAACCCAGCAGAGACGAUAUCCCACGUGGCGUACCGCGUGCUGGGGAAGUUCGGCGGCAGCAACCGCAAGAUGCUGAAGGAGUCCCAGAAGCUGCAGUACGUGGUGACCGAGGUCCUGGGCCCCAGCAUCACCGCCGAGUUCACGGACUGCAAGGCUUCCAUCCAGCUGCCCAUGGAGAAGGCCAUCGAGACUGCCCUGGACUGUCUGAAGAGCGCCAACACUGAGCCAUGCUACCGCCGCCAAGCCUGGGAGGUCAUCAAGUGCUUCCUGGUGGCCAUGACCAGCCUGGAGGACAACAAACACGCCCUGUACCAGUUACUGGCACACCCCAACUUCACGGAGAAGUGGAUCCCCAACGUGAUCAUCUCUCACCGCUACAAAGCACAGGACACGCCCGCGCGCCGCACUUUCGAGCAGGCGCUCACCGGGGCCUUCAUGUCGGCUGUGAUCAAGGACCUGCGGCCCAGCGCCCUGCCCUUCGUGGCCAGUCUCAUCCGGCACUACACCAUGGUGGCUGUGGCUCAGCAGUGCGGGCCCUUCCUGCUGCAGUGCUACCAGAUGGGCAGCCAGCCCAGCACCGCCAUGUUCCACAGCGAGGAGAACGGCUCCAAGGGAAUGGAUCCGCUGGUGCUGAUCGAUGCCAUUGCCAUCUGCAUGGCCUACGAGGAGAAGGAGCUGUGCAAGAUUGGCGAGGUGGCCCUGGCUGUGAUCUUUGACGUGGCCAGCAUUAUCCUGGGGUCCAAGGAGAGGGCCUGCCAGCUGCCCCUGUUCUCCUACAUCGUGGAGCGGCUGUGUGCCUGCUGCUACGAGCAGGCCUGGUACGCCAAGCUGGGCGGCGUGGUGUCCAUCAAGUUCCUCAUGGAGCGCCUGCCCCUCAUCUGGGUUCUGCAGAACCAGCUGACCUUCCUGAAGGCUCUGCUGUUUGUCAUGAUGGACCUCACGGGUGAGGUGUCGAAUGGCGCUGUAGCUAUGGCUAAAACCACUCUGGAGCAGCUGCUGGUCCGCUGUGCCACACCCCUGAAGGACGAGGAGAAAUCCGAGGAGCUCCUGGCCGCGCAGGAGAAGUCCUUCCACAUGGUGACACACGACCUGGUGCGCGAGGUCACGUCCCCCAACUCCACCGUGCGCAAGCAGGCCAUGCACUCGCUGCAGGUCCUGGCACAGGUCACCGGCAAGAGCAUCACCAUCAUCAUGGAGCCUCACAAGGAGGUGCUGCAAGACAUGGUUCCCCCCAAGAAACACCUGCUGCGCCACCAGCCGGCCAACGCGCAGAUCGGCCUGAUGGAGGGGAACACUUUCUGCACCACGCUUCAGCCACGCCUCUUCACCAUGGACCUCAACGUCAUGGAGCACAAGGUCUUCUACACAGAGCUGCUGAACCUGUGCGAGGCGGAAGACGCUGCCCUGAUGAAGCUGCCCUGCUACAAGAGCCUGCCGUCCCUGGUGCCGCUGCGCAUUGCCGCCCUCAAUGCUCUUGCUGCCUGCAAUUAUCUGCCUCAGUCCAGGGAGAAAAUCAUUGCGGCUCUCUUCAAAGCUCUCAACUCCACCAAUAAUGAGCUGCAGGAAGCUGGAGAGGCCUGCAUGCGGAAGUUCCUGGAAGGAGCCACCAUUGAGGUGGACCAGAUCCACACUCACAUGCGCCCCCUGCUGAUGAUGCUGGGGGAUUACCGCAGCCUGACGCUCAACGUCGUCAACCGGCUCACCUCCGUUACCCGCCUCUUUCCCAACUCCUUCAACGACAAGUUCUGUGAUCAGAUGAUGCAACACCUGCGGAAGUGGAUGGAGGUGGUGGUGAUCAGUCACAAGGGAGGCCAGCGCAGCGAUGGCAGUCCUGCCUCGGAGGGUGUCGAGGAGAUGAAGAUCUGCUCAGCCAUCAUUAACCUCUUCCACCUGAUCCCCGCGGCGCCCCAGACCCUGGUGAAACCCCUGCUGGAGGUGGUGAUGAAGACGGAGCGCGCCAUGCUGAUUGAGGCCGGCAGCCCGUUCAGGGAGCCGCUCAUCAAGUUCCUGACCCGCCACCCGUCUCAGACGGUGGAGCUGUUCAUGAUGGAGGCCACCCUCAACGACCCGCAGUGGAGCCGCAUGUUCAUGAGCUUCCUGAAGCACAAAGACGCCAAGCCCCUGCGGGACGUCCUGGCCGCCAACCCGAAUCGGUUCGUGCCCCUGCUGCUCCCAGCCGGCACCCCGGCGGCGGUGCGCCCCGGCUCUCCCUCCACCAACACGGCGCGGCUCGAUCUGCAGUUCCAGGCCAUAAAGAUCAUCAGCAUCAUUGUGAAGAACGACGAGGGCUGGCUGGCCGGCCAGCACUCCCUGGUCAGCCAGCUGCGGCGUGUCUGGGUCAGCGAGGCCUUCCAGGAGCGACACCGCAAAGACAGCAUGGCCGCCACCAACUGGAAGGAGCCCAAGCUGCUGGCCUACUGUCUCCUCAGCUAUUGCAAGCGUAACUACUCUGAGAUUGAGCUGCUGUUCCAGCUGCUGCGGGCUUUCACGGGUCGCUUCCUGUGCAACAUGACCUUCCUGAAGGAGUACAUGGAGGAGGAGAUCCCCAAGAACUACAGCAUCACCCACAAGAGGGCGCUGUUCUUCCGCUUCGUCGAGUUCAACGACCCCCACUUCAGCGACGAACUCAAAGCCAAGGUGCUGCAGCACAUCCUGAACCCAGCCUUCCUGUACAGUUUUGAGAAGGGGGAGGGAGAGCAGCUCCUGGGACCCCCCAACCCUGAGGGGGACAACCCGGAGAGCAUCACCAGCGUCUUCAUCACCAAGGUCCUGGACCCCGAGAAGCAGGCGGACCUGCUGGACUCCCUGCGGAUCUACCUGCUGCAGUUCGCCACCCUGCUGGUCGAGCACGCGCCGCACCACAUCCACGACAACAACAAGAGCCGCAACAGCAAGCUGCGCCGCCUCAUGACCUUCGCCUGGCCCUGCCUGCUGUCCAAGGCCUGUGUGGACCCCGCCUGCAAGUACAGCGGCCACCUCCUGCUGGCGCACAUCAUCGCCAAGUUCGCCAUCCACAAGAAGAUCGUCCUGCAGGUGUUUCACAGCCUGCUGAAGGCCCACACCAUGGAGGCCCGGGCCAUCGUGCGCCAGGCCAUGGCCAUCCUGACCCCUGCAGUGCCCGCACGCAUGGAAGACGGCCACCAGAUGCUGACGCACUGGACCCGCAAGAUCAUCGUGGAGGAGGGGCACACUGUGCCGCAGCUGGUGCACAUCCUGCACCUCAUCGUGCAGCACUUCAGAGUGUACUAUCCCGUCAGGCACCACCUGGUCCAGCACAUGAUCAGCGCCAUGCAGAGGCUGGGCUUCACCCCCAGUGUGACCAUUGAGCAGAGGAAGCUGGCCGUGGACCUGGCUGAGGUCAUCAUCAAGUGGGAGCUCCAGAGGAUCAAGGACCAGCAGCCGGAGGCGGACGGCGACGCAGGCGGCAGUGGCGAGAGCAGUGCGUCGGGGGCGGUGAAGCGUGGGCUGUCCAUGGAUUCCGGGCAGGAUGUGAAGCGGUUCCGCACGGCGACGGGAGCGGUUGGCACGGUGUUUGGCCGCAGCCAGUCAAUGCCGGGCACAGAAACGUUGCUGACCAAGCCGGUGGAGAAGCAACAUACUGACACGGUUGUCAAUUUCCUCGUCAGGAUCGCGUGCCAGGUUAACGACAACGCCAACACUGCGGGCUCGCCCGGAGAGCUGCUGUCGCGGCGCUGCGUUGCGCUGAUGAAGACGGCGCUGCGCCCGGACAUGUGGCCCCGCGCCGAGCUGAAGUUGCAGUGGUUCGACAAGCUUCUCAUGACUGUGGAGCAGCCCAACCAAGCCAACUACCCCAACAUCUGCACCGGGCUGGAGAUCCUGAGCUUCCUGCUGACAGUGCUGCAGUCCCCAGCCAUCCUGGCUCACUUCAAGCCACUGCAGCGCGGCAUCGCCGCCUGCAUGACCUGCGGCAACACCAAGGUCCUGCGGGCCGUCCACACCCUGCUGUCCCGCCUCAUGAGCAUCUUCCCCACCGAGCCCAGUACUUCAAACGUGGCCUCCAAGUAUGAGGAGCUGGAGUGUCUCUACGCUGCAGUGGGCAAGGUCAUCUACGAGGGCCUCACCAACUACGAGAAGGCCACCAGCUCGAACUCCACGCAGCUUUUCGGCACCCUGAUGAUCCUGAAGUCAGCCUGCAGUAACAACCCCAGCUACAUCGACCGGCUCAUCUCCGUCUUCAUGCGCUCGCUGCAGAAGAUGGUGAAGGAGCACCUGGGACCCCAGACCACGCCUGGCACCACGGAGACGAGUACAGUGACCAGUGAGCUCGUGAUGCUGAGCCUGGACCUGGUGAAGACGCGGCUGGCCGUCAUGAGCAUGGAAAUGAGGAAGAACUUCAUCCAGGUCAUCCUCACCUCGCUGAUCGAGAAAUCCCCUGACGCCAAGAUCCUGCGAGCGGUGGUGAAGAUCGUGGAGGAGUGGGUCAAGAAUAACUCCCCCAUGGCUGCCAACCAGAUGCCCAACCUCAGAGAGAAGUCCAUUCUGCUGGUGAAAAUGAUGACCUACAUUGAGAAACGCUUUCCAGAAGACCUUGAAUUAAAUGCCCAGUUCUUAGACCUCGUUAACUAUGUCUACAGGGAUGAGAACCUGUCUGGAAGCGACAUCACCUCCAAGCUAGAGCCCGCCUUCCUCUCGGGCCUGCGGUGCAGCCAGCCCCAUAUCCGAGCCAAGUUCUUCGAAGUCUUCGACAGCUCCAUGAAGAGGCGCGUCUACGAGCGGCUUCUGUACAUCUGCUGCUCGCAGAACUGGGAGGCCAUGGGCAGCCACUUCUGGAUCAAGCAGUGCAUCGAGCUGCUCCUGGCCGUGUGCGAGAGAGGGACCACCAUCGGCACCAGCUGCCAGGGAGCCAUGCUGCCCUCCAUCACCAACGUCAUCAACCUGGCCGACAGCCACGACCGCGCCGCCUUCGCCAUGGUGGCACAUGUGAAACAGGAGCCGCGGGAGAGGGAGAACAGCGAGACCAAGGAGGAGGAUGUAGAAAUUGACAUUGAGCUCGCUCCAGGGGACCAGACCAGCACUCCCAAAACGAAGGAGCAGGCAGAACGAGACGCAGGGAACCAGCUCCACAUGCUGACCAACAGGCAUGACAAGUUCCUGGACUCGCUGCGGGAGGUCAAGACGGGAGCUCUGCUGAACGCUCUGGUUCAGUUGUGCCACAUCUCCACCCCUCUGGCGGAGAAGACCUGGAUCCAGCUCUUUCCUCGGCUCUGGAAGAUCUUGUCCGACCGGCAGCAGCACGCCUUGUCUGGGGAGAUCAGCCCUUUCCUGUGCAGCGGCAGUCACCAGGCACAGAGGGACUGCCAGCCCAGUGCUCUCAACUGCUUCGUGGAGGCCAUGUCCCAGUGUGUGCCCCCCAUCCCCAUCAGGCCCUGCGUGCUCAAAUACUUGGGCAAGACGCACAACCUGUGGCUGCGCUCUACGCUCAUGCUGGAGCAGCAGGCCUUCGAGAAGGGGCUCAGCCUGCACAUCAAGCCCAAGCAGACCACCGAGUUCUAUGAGCAGGAGAGCAUCACACCCCCACAGCAGGAGAUCCUGGACUCUCUGGCGGAGCUGUACUCCCUGCUGCAGGAGGAGGACAUGUGGGCGGGGCUGUGGCAGAAGCGCUGCAAGUUCCCCGAGACCAGCACGGCCAUCGCCUACGAGCAGCACGGCUUCUUCGAGCAGGCUCAGGAGAGCUACGAGAAGGCAAUGGAGAAAGCACGCAAGGAGCACGAGAGGAACAACGCUUCUCCUGCCAUCUUCCCGGAGUACCAGCUGUGGGAAGACCACUGGGUCCGCUGCUCGAAGGAACUGAACCAGUGGGAGGUGCUGACAGAGUAUGGCCAGUCCAAGGGCCAUACCAACCCCUACCUGGUACUGGAGUGUGCCUGGAGGGUCUCCAACUGGGCGGCCAUGAAGGAGGCGCUGGUCCAGGUGGAGCUGAGCUGUCCCAAAGAGAUGGCCUGGAAGGUGAACAUGCACCGCGGCUACCUGGCCAUCUGCCACCCCGAGGAACAGCAGCUCAACUUCAUCGAGAGGCUGGUGGAGAUGGCCAGCAGCCUGGCCAUCCGCGAGUGGAGGAGGCUGCCCCACAUCGUCUCACACGUGCACACGCCGCUGCUGCAGGCUGCCCAGCAGAUCAUUGAGCUGCAGGAAGCGGCCCAGAUCAACGCCGGGCUCCAGCCCACCAACCUGGGUCGGAACACCAGCCUGCACGACAUGAAGACGGUGGUGAAGACCUGGAGGAACCGGCUGCCCAUCGUGUCGGACGACCUCUCCCACUGGAGCAGCAUCUUCAUGUGGAGGCAGCACCACUACCAAGCCAUCGUGACCGCCUACGAGAACAGCACCCAGCACGACCCCAGCUCCAACAACGCCAUGCUGGGAGUCCACGCCUCGGCCUCCGCCAUCAUCCAGUAUGGCAAGAUCGCGCGCAAGCAGGGCCUGGUCAACGUGGCGCUGGACAUCCUGAGCCGCAUCCACACCAUCCCCACCGUGCCCAUCGUUGACUGCUUCCAGAAGAUCCGCCAGCAGGUCAAGUGCUACCUGCAGCUGGCCGGCGUCAUGGGCAAGAACGAGUGCAUGCAGGGCCUGGAGGUCAUUGAAUCCACCAACCUCAAGUACUUCACCAAGGAGAUGACGGCCGAGUUCUACGCCCUGAAGGGGAUGUUUCUUGCCCAGAUUAACAAGUCGGAGGAGGCGAACAAGGCUUUCUCGGCCGCAGUGCAGAUGCACGAUGUCCUGGUCAAGGCCUGGGCCAUGUGGGGCGACUACCUGGAGAACAUCUUCGUCAAGGACCGGCAGCUGCACCUGGGCGUGUCCGCCAUCACCUGCUACCUGCACGCUUGCCGCCACCAGAACGAGAGCAAGUCCCGCAAAUACCUGGCCAAGGUCCUGUGGCUGCUCAGCUUUGAUGACAAGAACACACUCGCGGACGCGGUGGAUAAGUACUGUAUCGGGGUUCCCCCCAUCCAGUGGCUGGCCUGGAUCCCCCAGCUCCUCACCUGCUUGGUGGGCUCCGAGGGCAAACCGCUGCUCAACCUCAUCAGCCAGGUGGGGCGCGUGUACCCGCAGGCCGUGUACUUCCCCAUCCGCACCCUGUACCUGACGCUGAAGAUCGAGCAGAGGGAACGGUACAAAAGCGACUCGGGCCAGCAGCAGCCCAGCUCGGUGGGGGCCCAGCCGCACUCCGCCUCCGACCCCGGGCCCAUCCGUGCCACCGCCCCCAUGUGGCGCUGCAGCCGCAUCAUGCACAUGCAGCGCGAGCUCCACCCCACCCUGCUGUCCUCGCUGGAGGGCAUCGUGGACCAGAUGGUCUGGUUCCGGGAGAACUGGCACGAGGAGGUGCUCCGGCAGCUCCAGCAAGGUCUGGCCAAGUGCUACUCGGUGGCGUUCGAGAAGAGCGGCGCGGUGUCGGACGCCAAGAUCACGCCUCACACGCUCAACUUCGUCAAGAAGCUGGUGAGCACCUUCGGCGUGGGGCUGGAGAACGUCUCCAACGUGUCCACCAUGUUCUCCAGCGCCGCCUCCGAGUCGCUGGCCCGCCGCGCGCAGGCCACCGCGCAGGACCCCGUCUUCCAGAAGAUGAAGGGCCAGUUCACCACAGACUUUGACUUUAGCGUACCGGGUUCCAUGAAGCUGCACAACCUCAUUUCCAAGCUGAAGAAGUGGAUUAAGAUCCUGGAGGCCAAGACGAAGCAGCUGCCCAAAUUCUUCCUGAUCGAGGAGAAGUGCCGUUUCCUCAGUAACUUCUCCGCGCAGACUGCGGAGGUGGAGAUCCCCGGGGAGUUCCUCAUGCCCAAGCCCACACACUACUACAUCAAGAUUGCCAGGUUCAUGCCCCGGGUGGAGAUUGUCCAGAAGCACAACACGGCCGCCCGCCGGCUCUACAUCCGCGGCCACAACGGCAAGAUCUACCCCUACCUGGUGAUGAACGACGCCUGCCUGACGGAGUCGCGGCGCGAGGAGAGGGUCCUGCAGCUCCUGCGUCUACUCAACCCCUGCCUGGAGAAGAGGAAGGAGACCACCAAGAGACACCUAUUCUUCACCGUGCCCCGAGUGGUGGCGGUCUCCCCUCAGAUGCGCCUUGUUGAGGACAACCCCUCCUCGCUGUCCCUGGUGGAGAUUUACAAGCAGCGCUGUGCGAAGAAGGGCAUUGAGCACGACAACCCCAUCUCCCGCUACUACGACCGCCUGGCCACCGUCCAGGCCAGGGGGACGCAGGCCAGCCACCAGGUUCUGCGGGACAUCCUGAAGGAGGUGCAGGGGAACAUGGUUCCUCGCAGCAUGCUGAAGGAGUGGGCUCUGCACACCUUCCCCAACGCCACCGACUACUGGACCUUCCGCAAGAUGUUCACCAUCCAGCUGGCGCUCAUCGGCCUGGCGGAGUUCGUGCUGCACCUGAACCGGCUCAACCCGGAGAUGCUGCAGAUCGCUCAGGACACUGGCAAGCUCAACGUGGCGUAUUUCCGCUUCGACAUCAACGAUGCCACCGGCGACCUGGACGCCAACCGCCCCGUUCCCUUCCGCCUGACCCCCAACAUCUCCGAGUUCCUGACCACUAUCGGGGUCUCUGGGCCCCUGACCGCCUCCAUGAUUGCUGUUGCCCGCUGUUUCGCCCAGCCCAACUUCAAGGUGGAUGGGAUUCUGAAGGCCGUGCUGCGUGACGAGAUCAUCGCCUGGCACAAGAAGACUCAGGAGGACACCUCCAUGCCCCUGUCGCCCGCGGGCCAGCCGGAGAACAUGGACAGCCAGCAGCUGGUGUCCCUGGUGCAGAAGGCCGUGACGGCCAUCAUGACCCGGCUGCACAACCUGGCCCAGUUCGAGGGUGGGGAGAGCAAGGUCAACACGCUGGUCGCCGCCGCCAACAGCCUGGACAACCUGUGCCGCAUGGACCCUGCCUGGCACCCCUGGCUCUAGGCUGGCCGUGCUCUUGGAGGCGCAGGGAGAGAGGGCCGUGGGCGUCGUAAAGGGAUCUUCUUCAAGUAAUACACUUCAGGGCUGCAAAAAUGCUGGGCUUACCCACGCCCAGAAUAAAAUAACCCAGGAUAUGGAAGGGGCAGUAACUUUGUUCUCGGACUGCUGAGGAGCGCUGAGGUACCCACUGAAGAAUGCACUGUGGAAACGGUUCUGUCAGAGCCGUGUGGCAGCCUGGGGGAACCGUGCUCUUCUAACACACUGGAUGAGACGGAUCUCCUGAAGUGCGCAAAGUGGUUUGAUUGUUGUGACGUCCCACUGUCACGUCAAAGGGAGCGAUGUGCAAGCUGUCUGUCCCGUGUCCUGCAUCAGUAUAAAGAGCACAGUAUUCAGCUGAAAGCUUAAGCAGAAUCAUUUAUUGAAAAUGACAUUUCUGAAGGGUGUUUUUUUAAUUUAUUAUUAUGCAUACUGUGAUUUCAAUUGCUGUAACAUCAGGUAGUGAGGUGCUGUAAUCCACCUGCUUAUGCUGAGACAUUGUGAGCAAAGCACACACAUGCAGCCUUGCUGGGGAGGAAAAGGUCAGGCCGAUUACCGUAGCCCCCCCAGGCCUUUUCCUCUUGCUGUCGUUCUCUCUAUAGAGAAACACAUCUGUGGAACUGUAGCCUCAAUUAAAGGAGGUGACAGGAGCUAGCGAUACCCAGAUGUGGAUUUCAGUUAAAUAUGUUUUAGAUGCACACCUUAAAUGUAGAUUUAAAGGUUGUGUUUUUUUUUUUGUUUUCAGAGCAGCCUGGUUGUGUUGGAAAUAAAACUCUCAAUCAGAGCCAAAAGGGACCAGAAGUACAAGAAUCACUGAUUUGGGGUAGCACUGUUAUCAUGCAGGUCAAUCUACAGAGUACAGGCCAUCCAGCAUCAUUUCACUGGCUUGUCUCAAUAUCAUUUUGUUCAAUACAGCUUACAAUUCUAUUUAAGCAGUGCAUGUGAAUAAUGUGCUGUAUUCUUUUUGAGUUACUGCCUUUUAAAUGUAAUACAAACCUGAACUGAAGGGUCAGUGUUUCUGUCCAUUAGAGAGACUUCUUGACUUUGCGUGUUGCCAACUGUGGUUCCUGCCUGUCUUGAAUCUCCACUGAAGGCCAUGCUGAACAUUUUUAAUUUUACAUGCGAGUGACUUACUGGAUGUGAUCAAAUUCAAAGAAGGACAAAAUGCAUAUAUGCAGCUUAUAUUUUUGUAUCUGGAUUUUUUUAUUGCAAAAAAAUCCACAUUUACCAGUAAGGGUCUCCAUAGACUAGUGUGACAGUUCCCAGCAGGUAUACUUCAUUUUAAUAGAAAGAAGAUGAGGGAUAAAUCAACCAAGUGAAUGAAAUAAACACUUAUGUAUUUGUUAAAAGUUGAAAUGCUCGUAUUCGAACUAUAAAAUGCUGUGACCUUUUUUAACCCAAUUUUGUAAAGGUACUGUAAUGCAUACAAAAUGUUCCAUUCUUGGGGUUCAGGCUGAGAUGUACAGAUGCAUUUUGUAGAAAUAAAAUGCUGUUUUGUUAAA